CAAAGCGCCGGUCAGAGCUUGUACAGGGGGGCCCUGACUGCUGACCAUUGGCCAAAGCAUUGAGGGCCCCCAGGCAAAAACAUUAAAAACACAAAGAGCCGGAGGAUAUGCAAGAAGAAGAAUAGCUUGAAAAAAGUAAAAAAAGAGAAAGUAAGACGGCUUUACAAUGGUUGCAGAGGAAGUGUUGAUUACAUUGUCUGGUGGAGCGCCAUGGGGCUUCCGUCUCCAGGGUGGUGCGGAACAUCACAGACCACUCCAGGUGGCUAAGGUUCGUAAACGCAGCAAAGCCUGCAGAGCAGGACUGAGGGAGUUGGAUGAGCUGUUGUCCAUCAACGAACAGCCAUGUGAAUCGCUAUCCCACGCUCAGGCUAUGAACCUCAUAGACAGCUCUCCAGGGACACUACACAUCCGUAUCAAAAGAGUACCUGCCGGAUUUCAAUCCGUUGUGCUUGUCACCCGCGCCCCAUCUCCCCGCAUCGACAAGGAGUAUCGUGCUUCCCUGCAGGCCCUGUCGCCCGCUGACCUUCACCACCAAGCGCCCAUCCGUGAGAUCCACCGUAGCCGCUCCUCCCUAACCAGCGGACUAACAUCUCCACCUGGUAGCGAGGCUUACUAUGGAGAGACUGACAGCGACGCAGAUGUGGCGGGCUAUGAAAGGCAACGGAGACCAAAACGACGCAGUCCCAACAAUUCAAACACAGCAAAACCAUUAGGGAGGACCCCCCAUGAGGGCGGAGAAACAUCGGAGUUGAGUGGCUAUGACAGCGCUCCAGAUGCACGUGUGUACUCAAGUUUGUCAGAUGGACGUGGGGGAGGUGGAGACGGCGGGCUUCCGGGGGUGGCACGAAGGGAAGUGAUUUACCAGCCACCUGGUCCAGGCAUUUGGUCCUCCCAGACAUCUACUGAGACUUCUUCCAUCAUCUCAUCAACAGACGACCAGGGGCCUCGAGACGGAGAGCAGGAGGAGGACUUCCCUGAGCUUGCUAAUGUGCCGCUGGUAUCUCCCGAGAGGGCAAAGGAGGCAAUGAUGCUGGGAUCCCGCAGUCAGCUCGUGCCUAUGGUGGGUCCGGUCAAUAAACCAGUUGAUGAGGAACUCACAACAACCUACAUGGAGAAAGCCAAGCAAGCCAAGCUCAACCGAGGAGAUAAUCCACAGGACAAACAUGUAAAGGAAGCCAAAAGCAAAUGCAGAACUAUUGCAUCUCUAUUGACAGACGCUCCUAACCCUCACUCCAAAGGGGUGCUGAUGUUUAAGAAAAGGCGUCAGCGCUCCAAGAAGUAUACCCUCACAAGCUUUGGAAGUGUAGAUGAGGAUCAGUGUCAGGACUCACAAGAAGAAGAUGAAGCUCUACUUGGCAGUGAAUCAGAAUUUGAUGAAGAGGGCUUUUCAGCAGUUCCUGACCCCACAUGGGAUAGUGACUAUUUGAAUGUGCUGGAGAAGAGGGCAACUGCUGGUGUAGAGGGCCGUGGGAAUGAGGAAGGAGAUGUGCCAAGUCCAGGUUUGAAUGCCACUGCAGGGAAGGGGGCCCAGCUGUUUGAACAGCAAAGAAAAAGGGCUGCCGAGCAUGCAAGGAAAGUGGAGGCAACACAUUCUCAGGCUACCCAACAGUCUGUCAUGGAGCAAGCUCAGAUGUUUCAUCCAGACAUACACAUGCAGAUGCAGCCGCUUCUACAUCAAGAGGUACCCCAAACCACAAAUCAAGUUUCUGUUGCAACUUACAGCAUGCCUAAUGGUGACCUACCCCAGGCUGCAGGUGGUACUGUUAGCCUGAUGACAUCAUCUCCAGCUGUGAAUACCAUCACUGGCAAUAUACCACCAAAAGAAAUGUCCAUACCAGAAGUACCUUCCAGUCAUGUUCUCAAUAGAACUGCUCGUCCUUUUACACCUGGCUUCAUUGCUCUACGGGCUGCAACUGCUCCUGUGGCAUUCAAACCACAUGCUAUUAAGACAAACCAGCGACCAACCUCUGUAGCUGCUGUGCCACCACAAUUUUCCACUGUCCCAGAGCAGGCUAUUAAUGCUACGUCAGUAAUGUUUCAGUUAUCUCCUGGUCCUCCUGUCCCUGCUAAAUCUUCUGGUCCUGUAACUGAUACAGCAGAGGCUCGUGUCAUCCUAAACCCUUUGGCCUUUACCUCUUUGGUGGAUGCAUCACAAACAGCUCAACAGAAAACUGUGUCUUAUCCAGUUCAGUAUGUAACAGCGCCUCCAAUGCCCAUACGGUCAUUGUCCCCAGCUCCACCACAACCAACAGUUUCAGCUUGGACUCCUCCUAUAUCUCAAAUUCCCAGUGCAAUUCAUACAGUUGCACUGGUUCCUCCAGUUGUACCAGUUACUCUUCAACCACCACCUCAAAUUUCCAUGACAUCUGUACUUCCAGUUUCCAUCGUUUCAAACCCUGAAACUGUAACACCAACCUCUGUUCCUGGUCUAGGAGGUCGUACAGGAAUCUUACUUGAGGCUCGACGUCGCAGUGGAAAACCAAAGCCUAUGUUUACUGUACCAGAGGUCAAGAAAAACUCACCGAAUCCUGAACUGCUGUCUAUGGUGCAGAACCUUGAUGAUAGAACCACUCAACAGAAAUAUGCUCAACCAUUCUCGGAAGCUUUCUAUGAUAGUGUGCUGGACGGAAGCAGUUCUGAGGUUGCUGCAGGGAGGAUACCUCCACCAGUAGCACCUAAACCUCAAGUUACGCAUGAGGCCCCGCAGAUUAUCCAAGCAGGUGGUAAGGGAGCUCAGCUUUUUGCUCGCAGACAGAGCCGCAUGGGUAUGUAUGCCAUGGACACACCACCAGAAACGCCUUACCAGCAAGAUAUGGCCUUUAAUAGUGCUGCUCAACACAUUGACUAUUCCUCCAACCCCUCCAUUCCUUCCCAAUGGAAAUACUCCCCCAACGUUCGUGCCCCUCCACCCAUUGGGUACAACCCACUCCUGGCCCCUUCAAUCCCUGUAGGGCCUCAAAGGAACGUGGCCAAGCCAGCGAGCAAAGGUAAAGUAGGCUCCCAAAAAGAGGGCAUAAAAGUUCUGGAUUUCAUGAGAAGACAGCCCUACCAGCUAAACUCUGCCAUGUUCAACUACAGUGGAAGUGCUGGUAAUCUAUCAGCUGGUCCAUCUUUCCAGGACCAGAGGCAUGGCCAUUAUACUACGAUGGUGGGAAGCUCGCUAACAUCACCUAAGCAAAUACCAGUGAAAACAGCUCGUACCUAUGAGAUAAAGCGAUUCUCAACACCGACCCCUAUGUCUGCUCCAUCACUCGCUCCUAGAGUCCUUGCACCCCGCUCGGCCACUACACUCGGAGAGCGUAUAAAUCACUCUGACAUGAGCACUCCACCUCCUGGUCCAAUGCCAGACACCAACAUAGCACCAGCCCUAUUCAGGGACACUCCCAGAGCUUCACUUUCCUCCCAAAUGGCUGGAUUUCCCAGCCUUCCAAAAUUAUCUGCCAUGCCUCUGCAAAACCCGGGGCCUGCAGCACCAGCACCUUACAGUCCAUUCUCCUACAACACUGGACUUCAGGCAGCCAAGCAGUUCCAGAGCGCUCCUGAGCUCAGCAUCCUAUCCCCCUUGCCUCCUUUCAAGGCUAACGCGGUUCAGGCACCUAAACCACGUUUUGUUGCUACCAAGGGAGGUGUACAGCCCUAUGUGUGGAGACCCGGGGCUAUUUAAACAGGAAAUAAUCCACGACACCUAGACAUUACAAUGGACAAUUCAUCUAUUGUUGUAAUUACAAACCCCAUUUCCAUAUGAGUUGGGAAAUUGUGUUAGAUGUAACUAUAAACAGAAUACAAUGAUUUGCAAAUCCUUUUCAACCCAUAUUCACCUUUUCUUUUAACAACACUCAAUAAACGAUUGGGAACUGAGGAAACUAACUGUUGAAGCUUUGGAAGUGGAAUUAUUUCCCAUUCUUGUUUUAUGUAGAGCUUCAGUCGUUCAACAGUCCAGGGUCUCCGCUGUCGUAUUUUACGCUUCAUAAUGCGCCACACAUUUUCGAUGAGAGACAGGUCUGGACAGCAGCCGGGCCAGGAAGGUACCCGCACUCUUCUUUUAAGAAGCCACGCUGUUGUAACACGUGCUGAAUGUGGCUUGGCAUUGUCUUGCUGAAAUAAGCAGGGGCGCCCAUGAAAAAGACGGCGCUUAGAUGGCAGCAUAUGUUGUUCCAAAACCUGUAUGUACCUUUCAGCAUUAAUGGUGCCUUCACAGAUGUGUAAGUUACCCAUGCCUUGGGCACUAAUGCACCCCCAUACCAUCAUAGAUGCUGGCUUUUGAACUUUGCGUCGAUAACAGUCUGGAUGGUUCGCUUCCCCUUUGGUCCAGAUGACACGAUGUCGAAUAUUUCCAAAAACAAUUUGAAAAGUGGACUUGUCACACCACAGAACACUUUUCCACUUUGCAUGAGUCCAUCUUAGAUGAUCUCGGGCCCAGAGAAGCCGGCGGCGUUUGUGAAUGUUGUUGAUAAAUGGCUUUCCCUUUGCAUAGUAGAGCUUUAACUUGCACUUACAGAUGUAGCGACAAACUGUAUUUAGUGACAGUGGUUUUCUGAAGUGUUCCUAAGCCCAUGUGGUGAUAUCCUUUAGAGAUUAAUGUCGGUUUUUGAUACAGUGCCGUCUGAGGGAUCGAAGGUCACGGUCAUUCAAUGUUGGUUUCCGGCCAUGCCGCUU